UAACACCACCGCGGCGCGCUGUGCGUCGUCUCCAUGGCGGCGGCGAAUGCGGGGACCGACUAGCCGAGCGAGGCGCGGCGCCGCGGCCGGGGGCACAGCAGGAAGAACUUCCCGCACCUCCGCGCCCGACCGCAGCAUGUACCGCAGGGAGCGGCCCGUGCCCAUGCGCUCCUGCCCCGCGGCCCUCUACAACAACCUCUCCGUGCUGCCCCUGCCGGCCCCCGGCCUGACCCAGUUUGCCUUGGUCCACGGGCCCACUGCCCAGCUCCUCAGCGCCGCCCCCGACGGCCUUCCUGUGUCCCAGCGUCAGCUGCACACUAAAGAUGGGGCCGGGCCGGGCUUCCCGCUCAUCACCCAGGCCUACUGGUGCGUGCUGCCCUUCCGGGUGCUGCUGGUUUUGACUUCACAGAGAGGCAUACAGAUAUAUGAGUCGGAUGGCUCUGUCAUGGUGUACUGGCACGCCCUGGACUCCACUGAUGCCUCCCCAGUGCAGGCCCUGUUUGCCCGAGGAAUUGCUGCCAGUGGCCACUACAUCUGUGUGGGAACGUGGUCUGGCCGGGUCCUGGUGUUUGAUGUCCCAGCGAAAGGGCCCAACAUUGUGCUGAGUGAGGAGCUGGAUGUGCACCAGGCGCCAAUUACGGACAUCGCGGCAGAGCCUGCUCAGGGUCAGGACUGUGUAGCUGAUGUGGUGACAGCUGACGACUCAGGCCUUCUGUGUGUCUGGAAGUCAGGGCCAGAAUUUAAGCUGCUGACCCGAAUCUCAGGAUUUGGGACUCCCUGCCCCUCGGUCCAGUUGUGGCAGGGCAGUGUAGCUGCCGGUUAUGGGGACGGGCAGAUCCGCAUCUAUGAAGCCAGCUCCGGGGCCCUGCAUGUCCAGAUCAACGCCCACGCCCGUGGGAUCUGCGCCCUUGACUUGGCACCCGAGGCGGGCAAGCUGCUCUCGGGAGCUGAAGACUCCUUUGUGCAUAUCUGGAAGCUAAGCAGAAAUCCCCACAGUGGCUGCAUUGAGGUGGAGCACUGCCAUGCAGAAUGUGUGACUGACACUCAGGUGUGUGGAGCCCGCUUCUGUGACCUCAGGGGCUCCUCCUUUGCUGUGACCGGCUAUGACCUAGCAGAGAUCCUCAGAUACAGCUGUGUGUGAGAGGAGGAGGAGCAGGAACAGACAGGACUGACAUCAGCUCUGACUUGGUUUCCCCCAGGUCCUGGCCCCAAUUAGUAUGGGACCAUCUGUCACUUGCAAAGCAGUAACCCCCACAGUUGUAUAUAAAGGUAGGAUAUGAUCCCUGA